GCGAUCAUCUUCUCCGGCCCUAAUAAUGGCUUGCAGAGCAAAAGAACUUGUGUCGUUAAUCUUGUAUAAGAUCUGUAAUCCCAAAAGGUAUGUGGCUCAAUACUCUUUGAUCUAUUGUGUUUGCAAUCUGAAAGGCCACUGAAAAUCUCUUUGGAUUUGAGAUUUACUUGUUUCGUUUCAUCAGUAGAUUUGGGUGUUUAGGUCUGAUCGUUACGUUUUUGUUUUCUUUUUGCUGGGCAAUGGUUAAUUUCACGGAGGGAGUGUUUUGAUCUGUAUAGGUCUGAUUCCAAAAUUGAGGAACAUGUGGAAGAAGUAGAGGAUUUGAAAGCAGAGGCAGAACUCUUUAGGUCUGGUUCCAAAAUUGAGAAGCAUGUUGAAGAACUAGAGGAUUUGAAAGCAGAGGCAGAACUCUUUAGGUUGAAAGCAAUCUCAGGAACAGAGGAACUGAAAGCAGUGGCAGAUGUCAAGAGGUUUGUUCUUUUUCCAAUAUUACUUACUUGGCUUCAGAUAUAAUGAAUGGAGCCUAGGGCUUUGUAAAGUCUUGUUUCCCUUGGGAUAUUCACAAAAAACAAAAAUCUACGAUUGUCCUUCUUUUAUAUCAGGUUGAGAACAAUCUUAGAAAACAAUAGUGGAACCUCAGAGGAGUGUAAGGGUGAGAUGUUGAAAGAAGAUCUUUUUCUUCCCUCGGAUCUUGUACGUCUCAUAUUGUCUCGUCUUUCUUUCAAAGACAACAUACGCUCUUCUACUGUUUGCAAGGCAUGGGGUGAUAUUGCUGCUUCUGUUCGGGUUAAAAGUCGUCGUUGCUGGCUUUUGUACCAUGAUGCAUUUCAAGACAAGGGCGUCUCUUACGGAUUUUUUGACCCAGUUGAGAAGAAGAAGACAAAGGAGAUGAAUCUACCCGAGCUAUCUAAGUCUUCAGGUAUCCUUUAUUCCAAGGAUGGGUGGUUACUCAUGAACGACUCUCUUUCACUAAUUGCCGACAUGUACUUUUUCAACCCGUUUACCCGAGAGCGUAUAGACUUGCCUAGAAACAGGAUAAUGGAAUCAGUGCACACGAAUUUUGCUUUCUCUUGUGCUCCUACGAAGAAAAGCUGCUUGGUGUUUGGUAUAAAUAAUAUUUCCUCAUCUGUAGCAAUCAAAAUCAGCACUUGGCGUCCUGGUGCAACUACAUGGCUACAUGAGGACUUCCCUAAUCUGUUUCCUUCUUACUUCAGGCGCUUAGGAAACAUCUUAUACUCAGAUGGUCUCUUCUAUACAGCUUCGGAAACUGCGCUAGGGGUAUUCGAUCCAACUGCACGUACUUGGAACGUACUUCCUGUGCAACCCAUCCCUAUGGCGCCCCGCUCAAUCAGGUGGAUGACUGAAUAUGAAGGACAUAUUUUUCUUGUAGAUGCAUCGUCUCUGGAGCCCAUGGUGUAUAGGCUUAACCGGUUGGAGUCCGUUUGGGAGAAGAAGGAAACAUUGGAUGGUUCCUCAAUAUUUUUGAGCGAUGGGUCUUGCGUGAUGACCUACGGCCUCACAGGGUCAAUGAGUAACAUUUUGUAUUUCUGGAGCAGAUUUAUCAACGAGAGGCGUUCCACCAAGUCUCCUUGUCCUUUCAGUAGAAAUCACCCCUACAAGUAUUCCUUAUAUAGCAGGAGUUCUUGUGAAGACCCUGAAGGGUACUACUUUGAGUAUCUGACCUGGGGUCAGAAAGUUGGUGUCUGGAUCGAGCCGCCCCACAGCAUCUCUAUCUAUGAUUAUUCCAUUCUUGAUCCCUCCGAAGCAGUAAAUACAGAGUACGUAUUUAUCUGA